AUGGACAAACGCGACACCAUAUUUCCCGGUAGCCAUCAGUGGACUGAACGUUUCAGGCCAGAAUCAGUUUCUCCUAGCACACCUAAGGCUAGGCUUCCAGAACUUCCUAACAGGGCUAACAGUCAGGGAGGCAGGCUUCGUCGCAUAAAUCUGCCAGUCAAGUCUGCAGCGUCCUACGGAGAUCGAUCGGUUCCCGUCAUAGAAGGCUCACCGUGGAAGCACUACCGGAACGCUUAUGGCCUUGAACUAGGAGGCUCUGUAGCGGUUGUUUGCAAGACUCCAGCUACGGAAAAGCUAUUUGCGAUACACAGCUUUUCAGGGCCAAGCAGGGAAGAGAAGCUUUAUAUGCUUCGCCAGCUGAAGCACCAGAAUCUUCUCAGUCCAGAAGAAAUAUUCUCCUUCGAAGACUCAUUUUAUGUUAUCUCUGAAUAUACAGCAAUUUCGCUGGAAGGGGUCAUACUGGUCCGCCCGGACGAAGUCCAACUGGCCGCCAUCGUACAUCAGAAUCUAACCCAUGGCUCCAUUACUUGUUCAAGCGUCCUCUUGACCACUGAAGGAGUCGUUAAAAUUGGUAGGUCUAAUCCUGAAAACUGCUCCGCCACUAUUCCGGAGAACCGGUUGGCUGAUACAAAAGCCUUAGGACUAGUCAUGAGUACGCUAAUGGGUGAAGACUUAGAGGAGGGUAUGGCUACUGGGGGAUCAACAGAGACUACACUCCGGUUGAAAACCCCCACAGACUGGUCAGCCGAGGCGAUCGAUUUCUUGACUCUAACCAUGACUGCCUCCGCCAGCAAGCUAGGAGAGGUGCGUUGCUAUUCCUUUGGUGAUCGCGGAUUAAGCUAA